UCGUUUACCCAUGGUUAGGUCAGCUAACAAAAUUCGCCGCCACAAAUUCCUCCAACAGUUUUCUUAGUUGGAAAUUUAAUCUCACUGCUUUCGUACCAAUUUAGGUACAUUUUUGCUACGAUUUUUCCCAAAUUUAUACUCUUUGUUUUCGUCGCAUCAGCAACCCGGGGAGUGCAAAACUGACGCUGUCAAUAGCGAGCUAACCUCUUGUAAUUUAAUCAUGCCAAUAAAUUUUAUAAAUUGUGGAAGUCAAAGUUGUUAACGCAUUAUAUUGGCAAGCAGAAAGGACCUGGUGUUUGGCCAGGGGUGUUGGGGUCUGAAAUUAUGACUUGCACCAAAUACCCGGUUGUAAGUGGUUUUGAGGCUAUUGCUAUGGGAGUUAUUCCUGAAAAUAUUGGCUCUUGGGAAUUACGCAAUGAUCAGCGUUAUUUAUUUGAUAUGGUUUUGGCAGUAAAUAAUGGUGAAUGCGAUGAAUAUCUCGCUAGUAAGAGCCCCGGUCCCGUCAGUACAGCUCGGUGGCUUACAACAGUUUCCAAAGAAAGCCCGUCAGCGGAGUUGCGAAACAUGGUAGACCAUGAUAAUGCUGUUCAAGCCAUUAUACGUUCAGCUAUAGAAAAUAAUGCAUAUUAUUUUCACCCAGAAAAUAUAUUAUUAGCCAUGAUAACCGACGCUGAUCCAGAGAUACGUAAUGAUGG